CUUGACACCAACAUAAAAUAACAACUAUGACAGUGGAAUGCAGAUUACUUGGGUGACCCACAAACAAAUGACUGACAAUCGAGAUGAGGCUAAUCAGGGUGACCCCAGGACUCUGGAGUGCUGUGUCAGGCGCUCCCUGGGAAUACGGACAUACUGUAGAUGUCUAAACUGAACAACAACAACAACAACAAGAAAAUUGAAAACUG